UCGGGUGAAAAUCGAACUCCUGAAAAUUCAGAGAUAGCACAGAAUCCUGACAGGUUCUGGAUAGCUGCAGUCGCGCGUUCUGGAUUUCUGGGAUAAUUUGCGUGUUGCUUACCUAAACAAAAAUAGAUCCAGCGUUUGAGAGAAUCGUACGGAAAACAAGUGCGUUUGUAGUAUUAAUAAUAAUAUCAUUCGCGUAAAUUACCAUUUCACGAAAUGGGUUAAUUUGUGUGUUACGGCGUAAGCAAAUAAAACAAAUUAAUACAAUAAAAUUUAAUGCAGGCACAAACUUUGAUUUCGAAAUGCCCAUUCCCUAAAUGCUGCUGUUUUGUGAAUGUUUACUACCGGCAAUUAUGAAUUAGUAUCAAUGUAAAUUACUAUCGAAGAUGUAUUAUAAAACAUUCUUGAUAAUUGCUACUAUUAUCAUUUUAAGACAAGCACACGUUACUGUUACUUCGGAUGUAACUACAAUUUCAUCAACAACAGUCGAUCCCGAUGAAGACUGGGAUGAAGAUGAAUCAACUGAAAUAGAAGACGACGGAAAAAUUUAUAAAAAUCCCCGAAAUUCACCUUCUAGCCAAUGUCCAAGAGAUGAAGAACAAGCAGCUUUACUGGGUCAAAAGUGCCUACGAAAAUGUUCUUCAGACGAAGAUUGCAAAAGCAAGAAAAAGAAAUGUUUGUGCGAUGGAGCAUGCGGGAUGUCCUGUAUUAAACCAGAUAGGGAAUGCCCAGAACCAGAACAAAUUCCUUUGGGAUCGGUUAUAGCUAGCGGAAGACUUUUUGGUGCUAGAGCGUCGUACACUUGCCAGCAUGGGUAUCAUGUAGUCGGUUUGCAAAGUAGAAGCUGUCAGGCUGAUGGACAAUGGGCUGGAAGUCCUCCGGCAUGUAAACAAAAUAUUUAUUGUUUGUCACCGCCCGUCAUCGAACAUGCGAGACAUAACGCCCUACCGGAACAAACCACUUUCGAUUUGGACUCUACAUUACAAUACUUUUGUCAUACUGGAUAUGUGACAAACGGUUUUCCAAGAGCAAAAUGUUUAGCUAUUGAUGGUCAAGCAAGUUGGUACGGACCAGACAUCUCAUGCGAACCUCGAUCCUGUGGAACACCAACAACUUUACCGCAUGGUUGGCACGUAGGGGAAUGCUACACGUUCGGUUGUAAAAUUAAUUAUCAUUGUGCUGAUGGAUAUGAGUUGGUUGGGCGUCAAGAAAGAGUGUGCCAAGCAGAUGGACUUUGGUUUCCCAAGGAACUACCCACCUGUGUUCUUGUUACAGCGGUGCAAUGUCCACCACCAGAACAUCCUCGUCAUGGGAAGGCCAUUUUCACAUCAUGUAGUUACAACUCUGUAGUAAGCUACGAAUGCAAAUACGGUUAUACUCUUGUAGGGGAUGCAACCAGAAGAUGUGGAGCGGACAGGAAAUGGUCUGGAUCGACACCUGUUUGCAAAGAGAUUAACUGCGGUCAUCCUGGUAGACUGUGGAAUGGCUGGUUGGAAAAUAUCGAAGGAGGCACCGGUUUGGGUGCUUCCAUUAUUUUCCGUUGUCAUGAAGGGAAGCGACUGGUGGGACAUUCUUCAACAGUAUGCCAAAUCGAUGGAAAAUGGCGUUAUCCGCUCCCCAAAUGUUUGGCUCCGUGUGUCGUUCCACAAGUGUCCCACGGUCAAGUGAUAAUGGUCUCCAGAAAUGACACUCCCACUGCUUCGACGUUAGUUAAGGAUGGAGAAUCACUGACUGUUGAUUGCGAAGAAAAUUACGAAUUCCCCGAUAUGCACCUGUCAGUUGUUUGUAAUAACGGAACGUGGACCCACAUUCCAAGCUGCGUUCCAGCGAGAUGUAAACACCUCCCCAGAGCACCAAAAAAUGGUAUGGUAAUUGCUCCAAAAAUGGAGCAUGGGAUGAAAGCUAAAUUCAAAUGCAGAGAUGGUUACGAAGUUUUAGGAAAUGAUACUGUAUCUUGUUCUUUUGGCGAAUGGGUUGGUGAAAUACCGUCAUGUCAAGAAGUAUUUUGCCCAUAUCCUGGCUUUUUUGAAAACGGUAAAAUUUUGCUCGUGGGAAAUAUGGGAUUGUACGAUUAUAGACCUUACGUAAAGAAGAUUAAAAAUAACAAGCAAAUCAUGUAUGACUGCGACAAGGGUUACGUCCUUACAGAAGGACCACCAGGAGCCACUUGUGUCGGAGGAACAUGGAGACCACAAGAAUUACCAAAGUGCACUUAUGGUCAACAUCCUCGAUUAAGGUGGAGCAGAAGAAAGAGAUCGGCCGCUAUAGAAAGCUACAAAAGGGGAUUAAUAAGGCACCACAAGCUUAUAUAUGGACAAAACAACGGAAAGUACACAAGUUAUUACGAAAAUGUAUUUGAACAUUUAAAAGCAUACGGCGUUGACCCUGGAAAUUACUUUUCGAAUAGCACGUUGCGGAAAAGACAUAAAAGAGCAUUACGAACGGGGGGCAGUGUCAGCAGUAGCAGGACGAUUGGAAUCAGCCUUAGUAAAAGUAGCAAGUCAACUAGCACGAACAGUAGGAAGAAAUCCAAUAAGCAUGACAACGAUGGAAAAUUCGAAGAAGACCCCAAAAGGAAAUCGCGCGGUAGAGGUCCGUGUGACUCAAUUGCGAGCGAACCUUAUGUCGUCGUUGAAAUUAUCAAACAUGGUCGAGAGCCAAACGUUUCUUUUAGCUCAGGAACCAUCGUAAAUGUCGCUUGCGGAAAAGGAUACAUUUUAAACUUGGAAGGAAACUCGACAGCCAAAUGCGUAAGAGGACGAUGGAAACCCAGGAAACCCAAAUGUGAAAUAAUUCCUUGUCCGAAUCCGGACAUUCCUCAUGCCGUAAUCAAAUUGUCGGACUCUGAACCGUAUGUUUCGAGCAGUGAAGAAGACGAAUUUUUAAACGACACUUCGAAAUUCCAAAAUGGACAGGUUGUCGAGGUCACUUGUGAACCAGGUUAUAGCAUGCAAGGAUCAAGUACAAUGCGGUGUUGGCAUGGCGAGUGGACGGUGACCACAAUGGCCGAGUGUUCUGCAGCACCAUGCCAGCUCCCCCCAAUUCCAAACGGCCAGUACUUGUCAGGAUACAGAGAAGGACUUACCAUUGCCAAUGGGUCGAGUGUUAAUUUUCAAUGUGACGAGCCGUAUCUUAAAAUUACGUCUAAACCAAUUCAGUGUAUAUUAGGAGAUCUUCAUCCUAGGAGGCCUGCUUGCAGAUCGCCCAAUAGUCCUGACCCGGAUGACAUUAACUAUUUGGGUGGAAGCGACAUUAUAAAGGGAGGCGAUAUUAAUGUUUUGGAAUACGGAAGCAGUGCUAAGCCCUGUGGGCCUCCUGCAAGGGUGCAAGGUUCUUUGGUUUAUCGGAACGGGAAGCCAAUGAUCGAUAACGAAAAGAAUUUUCCUCAUGGUACGGAAGUAACUUUUAGCUGUAUAGAAAGCAUAAUGGGCGAAAAAACGACUUGGAAGAUUAUAUGCGAAGAUGGAAGCUGGAUUGGAAGAUCUUUAAAUUGCGAUUCCGAUGAGCUGAUGUCGACACACAACCUGAACAACAAUAGCACGUGCUUAUUUAGAAAUCAGGAACCCAAUGUUGUUUCAUUCUAUAACGAUCAAGAAAUCCGAGAGGAUGUAGUCGACUUUCCCGCUGGAGCAGUAUUGAUAAGUAGAUGUGUAGAUAUUGGGAAAUAUGCAAUGACUGGACCAAGCAAACGGAGAUGCAUCGGUGGCGAGUGGGAUGGUCCAAAACCUUCGUGCUUCGGUCUUAAUCAAGAAAAUGAUUAUUCCAUGGAGAAACCGCCCACCAUACUGUUUCGACAUCAACUGGGACCCAUCGCUCAAUCCAGCGAUGGUAAAUUAAUAGUAUAUCCUGGAACAAUUCUUCACAUGGAAUGUCUUUGGAUGAGAAGGUUUGGAGUACCGAAGUGGGAAACGAGUACUGAUUAUAGAAAAUAUCCUCAAGGAUGGACCACUGACGAAGGUCGUGAUCCUCAAUUAGAGUAUCGCUUAUCAAUUUUCCACGCUACAAAAGACGAUUCCGGAGUUUACACUUGCGUGACACCAGCCAGAUACACUCACGCCGUAGAAAUAGUAGUAAAAGCUGUUCAUUGUCCUCCUGUUCCUCAAAGACGAGGACUUGUCGGAAGCUCCGAAAGCACGAAGAUGAAUACAAAAAUCACGUUUAGCUGUGCAAACGGAAACGCCCUCAUCGGUUCGUCGGAAGUGGUUUGUCUUCCAUCCGGAAACUGGAGUUCGCCUUUUCCAGUUUGCGAAAGCAUCGAAUGCGGAGAAGUAGGACCAGUGUUACCACCACAUCUACGAGUUACUGUCAUUUCAAGGGAAGUCGGUGGUAGGGCGGUGUUCAGUUGUACACCAGGGUUUGGACUGAGGGGUGCUCUUGAAACCACGUGUCUUUCAACAGGAGAAUGGGCGACUCCUUUUCCAACAUGCGAAGAGGUGCACUGUGAGCAUCCCGGGACUCCUGAAAAUGGAUACAUUCAAGGUUCGGGACCUUUCAAAGCGGGAGACGUGGUACAGUUCAAUUGCAACCCGGAUUUUAUGAUGGACGGACAGCCAAUCAUUGCUUGUCAAGACAAUUCACGUUGGUCAGGUCCACUUCCAAAAUGUGUGCAGGCUUGUUCCUACCCAGGUACAACAAUCAGUGGACGUAUGUCGUCCGUAAAGUUUUACUAUAAAAUAGGAGAAAAUAUUACGUUCGAGUGCGAUGAAGGUUUACAACUGCGGGGAGCAGCCAUGCUUAAAUGUCUCAAAAAUGGCAAAUGGUCUAACACUAUUCCUACAUGCGUUCCUCCAAAUUAAGAUAUUUCCUCUUUAAAUGUUUGCAAUUGCAAUUUAUCUACUAUUAUUAGAACAUAUCGUAUUCAUAAUAAAAUGUUGUUAGAUAAUUAAUUUUAGGUAUUAACUUGAAACUUAUUGCACAAAUUUUGAUAGUUUACAAUCAUCAGGUAAUAAUGUUGUAAGUUAAGAUAGCUUCCAAGUUUCUAUGUGAAUAAAGAUGUUGAUAAUUGUGAUGUUUUCUAAUAAACAAGACAUUAGUUUGUAACUAUUAAUAUAAUAGUUCUGCAGUUUCGUACGAAAACCAUACAUAUAAAUUUAGUCAUUAAAAUUUUAUUUUCUAAUAAAAACCACUCUUGUUAAAUAAGUAAGUAAAUAUUUUUAGUGUAAAACAAAUAAGUUUUUGAAAAUCUCAGCUUUAAUUACGCGCAUUAUAAUUCUGUUGAAUUUAUCAAUAUUGU